CGAUAGUCCUGUUGCGAAACGAGUACCUUGAUCGUUGAAAUUUCGUCACUACUGUAAAGGUCAUCUUCCGUUAGGUCUGAUCAGGAACGCGGAGUUUCACAGAGGCUUUUAUUUUCGCUGUAAAAUGAGCGACAGCGACGUAAAAUCCACAAGGCCAUUCAAACAGCGGAAAAGUUUUGGUAAACCGAUUUGUCUUGUUUUUUGCCUACACGCAGCUUUGUUGAUGUUUUGUUGCAGUCCUUGCGAUGCAAACCUUAAGAGACGCUGCUAUCUUUUUUAAUUUUAGUCAGUCGGAGAGAUGAAGUUGCUGGAAUCCGAGCCAAGUUCCCGUCAAAAAUUCCUGUGAGUAAUGUUUUGCAAGUAAUUUGAGUUUUGAUUUAGGUAAAACUGGCCAUCGCGUUUCUUGGUAAACAAAACUGCAGAUUCACAUUUGUAACCUUUUGUUGUAGGUUAUAGUCGAGAGAUAUCACAAAGAAAAGGAUUUGCCGCUACUCGAUAAGACAAAAUUUCUCGUUCCUCAAGAGCUAACUAUGAGCCAAUUCGUGACAAUCAUUAGGUAAGUUGUGGUAUGAUAGUCUGCAUGUUUGUUAUUUUGCAACUCGCUUGUUUCAGCUCGAACGUAACUUGCUUUGUUUCAUCUGGUCCGUUUUGAAUAAUCAUCACGUCGCAGCUCUUAAACAAGGGUCGUUUAUGUUAAGUUAGAAAGCUAUCGAAUAACUCUUCGCUGACAGAUAAGAACGCUUAUACGUUUGGUAGAGCGCUCGAAAAGUGCACUUUUUAGUCAACAUUCUAGUAUUGAUUGGAUUCCAAGCAGUUCAAGACACGUCUCAGAGCAUCACAAAUGCGCGGUGGUCGAAUUGGGAAAUUAAGUUACAAGGUCACGUAAGGUCAUAAAAAUAGUAUCGGUGAAGAUAACUCGACUUUCCACGUGAGACAUAUUCAUACGGAUCUUCUUACGCCAAGCAAAAGCAUGCUAUGACUUCAUGCAUGUAUCGGUGCUUAUGUGAAAUUUAUAUGAAGUGUUGCUCCUAAAAUGGAUAUUUUUUAGAAAAUGACUUGGGGAAUGAUCCUCUAACCUCUGUCAGUUGACCUACAGGUUUUGAAGAAAUGCUUCAAUUUCUAAUCUAAAUAGAGGUAUUACAGUAGACUUGUUUAAUCUGGUAAAUUACAAAUGAAAGGCUUUUGUUCUCAAAACGUCAUUAAGUAUGUUAUCUGCCAAGGAUUGUCUUGGUCGUCAAACACGUAUUAUUUUGUUUUCGUUUAUUAAGAAUUGCAUCGUUAGCAAGUGUAAAUAAUUGUGUUUUCUUUCAAGUCUUAACAUGAAUGAAAUGAUGAAAAAAAUUGUUGGGUAUUGCAUGUAUGCAAUACUAACUUUGAUCCUGACAAAUAUUCAAAAAUUUUUUGUAAAUAGUACUUAAGCUCUCCAGUAUGUCAUAUCAUGUCAGUAUUUUAGUUUUGUUUCUUAUCUGUGGUUAGUGACUCUUCCCAAAACUAAAGGGGAAUUUGAUACAUCUUUUGCUUUUCAUUGUGAAUGGAUUUGAAACAAACCAUCUUCAUGAUUUUCUUACUAAUUUGGUUUAGAACAAGCUGCAAAAACAUGUCCUGAUUUUGAGUCAGUCUCUGUUUGAGUAGUUGUCAAUGUGAAGUCCAUUAGAGAUAUUGAAAGCUGUAUGAAAUAAGAACUAUAGAUAAACAAGUUAUCUACAUGGCUGAGCCAAAAGAGGAAAAAGCAAUCACUGAACUUAUUGCCAGCUUGAUAUACAAGAUUGCUGGAAUCAUUUACACUACAGUAUGCAAAUUCUUUGCUCUGUUCUCCUUACGUUCCCAAGGGUGCUAUCAAGGUGGAUUUGUGUAACAAUCAAGAGCUUAUUUAAUUGGUGAUCAUUUCCUUUAUUCUUGUGACCUUCAUGUUUGAUUCAGGGGUGAUCUUGUAGGGAGAAGUUAGAUUCUAGUCUCUAGAGAUCAAAGUUUAAAUUAAUAACUAUAACUCAUGUGUCUUAAAGAGUAAUUGCAUAGUUUCUUUUCCAUUCAACUAUUUUUAAUUGUAACUUAUUGUUGUUUUCUUUUUUUUCUUUCUUUAGGAAUCGCAUGUCAUUAUCAUCAACACAAGCUUUCUACCUCAUUGUAAACAACAAAAGUUUAGCAAGCAUGUCUAUGACAAUGGCAGAAGUUUACAAGGAAGAGAAGGAUGAAGAUGGAUUCCUGUACAUGGUUUACGCUUCUCAAGAAAUGUUUGGCUCAUGACAAGCAUAAAGUGAGAAAAGGAUACUAAUACAGACAUAAUGUCACUGGGGAACAUUUCCUUUUUAGAAAAACAGUUCAGAAAUAGAAGAGGAUUGAACAUUUAAGUCCAGAAUCAUCGCCUUAGAUAAACGUAAAAUUGUGAAGAGACUCAUGUAUUGUGUAUGUAUCCUUCAACAUCAGAAAGUUUUAUCAGUAUUCUAAAGGGUUCAAUUUGUUAGUUAGCACCAUAUCUUGUGAUAAUCUGUAGAUAAAACAGAGGUUUUUUGUUAACUGUUACCAUAAAUAGUGAUUAAUCUUCUUUGGUUGUCCUCCAGCAGGUGUGUAGUGAUUAGAUAGUAAAUAUGUAACUUUGAAUCUCUCAGCUAUUUCCAUGAUAUUUUGCUAAAUUUGAUAAAAAAAAAAAUUGGAAAGAAAUCAAUUGGAUGAUGUUUUAUCAACAAACAUUCCAUGCAGAUGUGAAGAUAAUUCCCAUGGCAAUGUCAUGAUGUAUUAGGUGGUGCUAAUUUUCUACUAGAUUUGAUCUUGGUCAUUUUGUCAGUGUUGGUAGUGUGGAAAAGAGCAAAUAUGUUCCAAUGUGUCAUGCUGGGGAGAUGAUCUAUUUUUAUCUCCUUCACUUAUGUGAAAGUUCUAAGGGGAAUUUCAUACAGUAUCUAUACAAUUUCAAUUAUUGAGAUGAUACAGAACUAAAUUUUUUCUGAUCAUAAACAGAUUUCAAAAUCUGCCAAAAUGAGAACUUGCCCAUUUUCCCUUCCCCACAAUGUCCUAAGUCAACACUUGCGUCCUCUUCUAUCGGCUAUUUUACCAAUGUGGUUUUUUCUUGCCUCAAGUCAGGUUAACAAAGUAAAGGUGAAGUCAAGAGACAUUAACUUUUCCUUCAUUCAUGGUAUUAAGAAAGGAUAUAUCAUUAAAAGUCAUUACCUAGAUAUGCUAGGAAUUAUUUAAAUUUAUUUCUAAUUUAAAUGUGUAGCAUAUAAGAAGGUUAUAAAGAUUAUGAGAAUGAAAUCUAACUUAAGCUCUUAUUAAGUAGUAGUAACAUUCAACUGAUUACAGGGGUUUCCAAAAAAGCCAGUUUCUAAUGGUUUACCACUGUUUAUGAGACCUCUAACUGCUGUAUGUUAGCCUGCAAGCAGACUCAUGUUUGGGUUUUGCCUUACAGCCCCCUUUCCAGUCAUUAAGCUCUCUUUUCCACCAUAAGCAGCCAUUUAUGGAAAGAAGUCAUUGAAACCCUUGUGAUUAUGAUAAUUAUUAGGCUUUUAGUUUUACAAAAUCUUAAAGAAGAAAUUUUAAAUGUAUUUAAAUUUCUGGUGUGUAUGGUUUGAGAGUUGAUAUUAUAAUGUGUGAGUUUGGUUUUCAUAUGUAGAAAUAAGUAUGUAGUUCUUGUGAUGGAUUGGGCAAGAAUACUUGUGUUUCGUGAAUUUUUCUGGCAUGUUUUGCCUGGAAUUAAUGUAACUCUCAGAUUAUUUGGAAAUAAUAUUCAAGUAGAAUUGCACCUACACACCAAUGCUGGUUUUACAGUGUAACUUAAGAAAAUGCUUUCUUUUUCUACAAACAUCUCAUCACCUUGAUUUAAAAGGGAAGUUUGUGAGGUAUUAACCAGAAAUAUCUAAUAUACAUUACACUUACCAAGAAAAAAUUAACAUGUGAUUUAUCAUCCCCAAUUUUGUUGUUUCAUGUGUGCAUGCAGAAGCUAAACUUUUAAUUGAAUGUAUCUUGCGUGUUAGACUUCUCAGCUUUUGAAUUUCUGACUUCACUCAAGUAAUGAGCAAAUUGUUGAUCAUUAACACAUUAUGACAAUAGGCCAAUUUGCAGUUGUGUACUUAGUCGCCAAGCCUUUGAUUUGGAGUGAGGCUGAAGCUGACCAUAUUGUGAUAGAGACCAAUAUCUAGUUCACAUGAUAACAAAGUAUUUGAUAUCAAACCUGCUACAUUUGAAAGGCAGCAAGGUUUGUAUCAUAACAGGGUCAACUUAGCCUCACUCCUGUUCAAAGGCUUGGCAACCAAGCACUCAGUUGUUAAAUGGACUACUGGGAGAUAGAGACUCACUGUUGGCUGGAAAAAAACGUCUUUUGUUUUUGUGUUUGUUUCUUCAAUUGCUUGUUUUUGAACUCCAAGCACAUAGUGAGGUUAUUUGGGUUGCUGAUGGAAUUUUCCCUAAUAAAGUUUAUCUAGCAGAGUCCAAGUGGGGAAAGUUAAUGUAUUGUGAGUAAGAAAGUACUCUUGUUUUUAUAUGGUAUAGCACCAUUGUAUUAAAACCAUUCCAAAUCUUUAUCUUACUGUUAAGUUUUUGAUUUGAAAUGUCCUUUCAUUCUGGCAAUUCAUAAUUUUCUUAGUAUAUGUGAAUUUGUAAGGCUUACUGAUCUAUUAUAUUUUGGAGGAUCCUGGGGUGGAUACAUUUGAGACUAUGUUGAGGAAAAACAGUUGUAGUUUGAAAUGCAUCUUAAAUUAAAAACACAAUGCUUGGCUUGAUUAAAAGAACUUGUAAAGGUCUAGGUGACCCUAUGACCUUGCGUACUCUUUAUUGCUCAUUGGUUCACUCAAACCUGGAAAACAGUUUCGUGGUGUGGUCUCCCUAAACAAAAAGAAAUAUUGAUAAGCUGGA